UGCUGUGCUUUUUGUCUGACGCUUCGCAGCCAUUUUUGUUUUUCCAUUCCUUAUCUCUUUCCAUUUGCCUGUAUUUUUGGCGUGUUUUUUAAGCGUCAAACGGAGUUACGGCGUAGAUUCUAGGUAAACAAUGUAUAUAUUUCUUGAUACAAUUAUAUUAGAACCAUAAGGGUCUUAGGUAAAACGUUUGAAAACUUCCCUUCGCACUUGUCCAAAGCAUCACAUGUGACAAACCUUCAAUUUUCUAGCAACCCUUGACUCCCCUAUCGAAAUCCUGUAUUUUCAUUUCAAGCACAAUGUCUGGGGACGGUGAUCGCAGCGAAGAUACCGGAGAAUACAUCGUCAAAUUGCGUGGCCUGCCAUGGUCAGCAACUGAAGAGGACAUAGAGAAGUUCUUCAGUGACUGUAAAAUACUCGGAGGUAAGGAAGGCGUCCACCUAACAGCCUCCAGGGAGGGGCGACCUAGUGGCGAGUGCUUUGUCGAGCUUGAAGAUGCUGAAGAUUUGGAGCUGGCCUUGGCAAAAGAUAGGGACCAUAUUGGAAAUCGGUAUAUUGAAGUAUUUAAAGUAAAUAGGCCUGAGAUGGAAUGGACAAUAAAGCGUUCUGGCCCUCAAAGCACAUCUGAGGAUGAUGGUUGUGUUAGGUUACGAGGCCUUCCAUUUGGCUGCUCCAAGGAAGAAAUUGCAAAUUUCUUCUCGGGGUUGGAGAUCGUGCCGAACGGCAUUACGCUACUGACGUUCUACUCGGGGCGAAGUUCGGGGGAGGCGUACGUACAGUUCAAAAACAGAGAGGUGGCUGAGAAAGCUCUGUUGAAACACAGGGAAAAGAUCGCACACAGGUACAUCGAGAUAUUCCGCAGCAGUCUCUCAGAGGUCAACAGCAUGGCAAGCGGGUUCGAGUCUGGGGGCGGUCCAGGGAGCCGCGGCCGCAUGGGCGGCUCUCUAGGUUACAACACCCGCCCCAGCCCGUACGACAGGGGCGACCGAUACGGCCAGGGCAUGACCGGCAGGUUUCAACCGCGCUCGUCGCGCAGUUUCAAGGGAGCCGGGUACUCCAGCGAUAUUGAUUCAGACUAUGGAUACGACAGAGGUAGUAUGUGGAAUGGAGGCAUGCGCAACGGCAAAGGCAUGGGCGGUAUGAGAGGCGAGAUGUACCCGGAUGAGUGGUCAUCUGGACCAGGAAUGGGCGACAAAAUGGGGGCCAUGCAUUGCGUCCAUAUGCGUGGAUUACCAUUUAGGGCGAACGAGGAAGAUAUUGCCGACUUUUUCAAGCCAGUUGUUCCUAUCGACAUCAGACUGUUACAAGAUAGCUCUGGGCGUGCCUCAGGAGAGGCGGACGUAGAAUUUGCAUCACACGAUGAUGCAGUACGUGCCAUGGCAAAGGAUAAGGGACAUAUGCAACACAGGUACAUUGAACUGUUCCUUAACUCAGCCGGCGGCAGCUCAAAUGGCGGCAGUUACGGAAGUAGGAAGUGGUAGAUUAAUAUAAAAAUACAUAACAUUGAAUUUUCUGAUAAGCACUGAUUUUUUUUAUAUUUUUAUUUCCUACAUUAUUGGACAACUGUUGUGAAACGUGAAUAUGUGUAUCUAUAACUUGAGUUAUAUUACUACUAUAUUAGAUCCGUCUGCUGUCCUUUCACUGAAUAGAUUUUGAUCGAUUCAGGCGAUCAAAUAUACGUAAACUUGGAACGUGUUUUUAUUUCCUUCCUAGUUUUCUGCUCGUAGCAGUUGAAAAGCGCGAGGGAGGGAGAGGGGUAU